AUGAUUAGUCAGCAAUCACCAUCAGUUUCUAUUCGUAUACAACUACAAUGUUAUAAACACUUCAAUCAGUCAAGUUGGUCUCAAAGUAUUAUAUCUGAAUCACAGUGUAUCGAUUAUUCGAUAAGUUUCGAUAUGACAGUUAUUCAAAAUUCUACCGUCAUUGAUGUAGAAGAUGCAUCCUAUUGUGUUGUUAUAUACGCGAGUGGGCAAUGGCGUAGCUUAUCAUUACCAAAUGGUAUAGGAGUUUCUGCUGGCUGGAGUCUUUUAUGUUCGAUUGAUCUAGAAUUACGGUCCAAUAACAAAUAUAAUACUCCACCAGUCGCCAUAAUGAUCUCUCCACGUUUUAUACCAGUAGGAAUUUCACAAACAAUUAUUAUACCAACAAUGGAUGCCGAUAAUGAUCAAGUACGAUGCCGUUUUGCCAGUACUACAGCCGAAUGUGCAAGUGUGUGCCCUCCAAAUUCGUUACCGAUCGGAACUAUCAUGUUUUCGAAUUGUACAUUACUCAUUACAGGUUCUAAUGUAGCUGAUUGGUAUGCAGUAGCCAUUGUGAUUGAAGAUUUCAUCGAUUCUACAGCGGCUUUACCAUUGAGUACCAUACCCGUCCAAUUUCUAAUCAAUGUACAACAGAAAUCAUCAUGUCCCUAUCGACCACUUCUUACUGGUCCUACUACUAGUUCAGACCAAUGUAUUGGAAUCAAAGUUGGCACAUCAUUUAAUAUUGAACUCAUAGCUGAAAAUUUUUGUCCAAACUCAACCAAAAUUAAAGAUAUUGCUAUUUUAUCAUUUAGAUUUCUUACAAAAACACCUAUUGUACAAAACACAACAGUAUUGUGGUCAGUGUUGUUAACAUGGACACCAGCGGCUGUCCAAGUAGGAUCACAAAUUCUUUGUGCAAUUGCAAUUGACAGUACUAGUAUGACUUCAAGUUCAUUGUUGGAAGAAUUAACAACUCAUCACGAAACGUUUAAUACCACUAAUGCCGUUGUAGUGGUAUCAUCUCCAGUCUGUAACUCUUUGUGGCCAUGGCCUUGGCUUGCACCAGUACUUUCCGCUCUUGGCACACUUCUACUAGAUUUUAUUUUUUGUUGUUGCUGCUAUCGAAUCUGUUGUUCUCGUAAACGUCCUGAAACACGUUCUAUUGCAACAAACACGUCUUUCCAUCAAGAUGGUUUAAUAGAUCUACCCACCCACUCCUAUACAAUUUAUAAUGCUUUUGAAUAUGAGCAGAAUCAAAAGCAAAGUAGUCGUUCAUCACUUUUGAAAAGGAAAGCAAUACAUCACUCUACUAAAUCUUCACGACGAACAUCAAGAGUUACGCCUGCUUCGACAUCGGUAACAUCAUCAGUCAUUGAUAAUCAUUCUCAUCACUCGAUACCAACAAAAGCAAAUGCAUACAUAUUUGGUGAUCGAGCUGAAUCGAAAUGA